AGCGCGGACCCCUACAAAUUCGGUCUACCUGCGCCUUUGCUCACAUCGCAUCUCAUUCGCAAGCAAAGAUGGCCGCGUCAUAAGUAAUUCUGUAGUUUUGAGACUAGACGUUUGUUUACGUGCAUUAUUACACCGGACUGGAUCUCGACCAGAAGUCGUAGAGCUAUAUAUAUACAAGGAAAUCGAAGCAAUGCAUUCCACCGACAGAGCCAAAUGCCUGGGCAGCAAAUCCAUGGCAAUCUGUUGCCUACUCCUCCAUCUCUUCCUCUUCCUUCGGCCAGCAGUGUCACAGACUCAAAGUUCGCCUCGUUAUCUAUCUAAUGUGGACAACAACAGCAACAACAACGAGCGCCUGCAGCAGAUUCUCAAAGGAUCCGGGGCAGUAUCAGGGGUCACGCAGCUUAAUUGGCCACAGCCACCCAAACAAACGAUUCCAGAUGUCAAGACUGAGCUGGCUAAGCUAAACAACACUUACGUUUAUCAGAAUGCCUGGCCGGCAAACAAUGUCAAGCUCGGAGCUGUCACAGCGGUGAGCUUCGACAAAGCCGGCAACGUUGUAAUUUUCCAUCGCGUGGACCGCAUCUGGGGACAGACCACUUUUGACAACAGGAACCAGUACCAGGAGAAGUACCGCGGACCUAUCAGGGAGAGUACCAUCCUAGCACUGAAACCCUCAACAGGAAAAGUGCAAUACGACUGGGGCAAGAACUUCUUCUACAUGCCACAUGGCCUGACCGUGGACCCCGAGGACAACGUUUGGGUAACGGACGUGGCCAUGCACCAAGUAUUCAAGUUCCCACCACGCGGAGGCGAUGGAAAACCGCUGCUCACUCUAGGCGAGGCCUUCCAACCUGGCACCCUUCGAAAAUUCUGCAAGCCCACCUCGGUAGCAGUGCUUGAUAACGGCGAUUUCUUUGUGGCGGAUGGAUAUUGCAACGCCCGAAUUCUUAAGUACUCGAGAGCAGGCCAGCUUAUCCUCUUUUGGGGACAGAAUACCUUUUCGGGAAUCUCCUACGACGUGGCGCCUCAGAAUUUCUUCGCUAUUCCCCAUGCUCUAACCCUCGUACCAGAGUUAGAUCUUCUCUGCGCUGCAGACAGGGAGAACGGGCGCGUUCAGUGUUUUCUCUCCAGCAACGGCACAUUCCACUCACAGUACCACAACCAGCUGAUAGGGGACCGCCUUUUCAGCAUGGCCUACACCCCGGCAGCGGGUGGUCAGCUGGUCAUUGUGAACGGACCCACCGCCGAGUUGGGCAUUCAUCCCGAGCACUACAACGAGGUGCACGGUUUCGUGCUAAGCAUGCGCAGCAAACAGCUGGUAUCGAAGUUUGGUCCCAAUAACCUGGAGUUCAAGAACCCACACGACGUGGCCGUCACAGCCGAUGGCAACGAGAUAUAUGUGGCGGAGCUGAAUCCCAUGCGUAUCCACAAGUUUGUGCAUAGGUCGCUGGUCAAGCCAAUGAGCUUGUCGGCCACCAAGGACGCCCCCAGCAGCGCUAUUAGCCAGGCUGUGGCAGAUGAACAGGCGCCGUCACAGACAGUGCACCAUCCCAGCGGCAAGGCCAUUCUUGUGGCAUCACUAAUGCUCCUCUUCGCUGGCUCUACCUUUGCACUGGCUUUAAUUUUCGCCCGGCGGAGGAAACGAGGUAAUCAAGCAACCAGUUCCGCUCCACCCAGCGACCUGGUGUACCGCAAGCUGACCGCUUCUAACCAGAGUUGUUUCCCCUUUGGAGCCCGCAGUCGUCGUCACGCGUGGGAGAAAAGCGAAGGCUUCAAGCUAGGCGGACUGCUCGAUCGUGAUCGCAAUGGAUUUGAAAAGCUGGACCAGAAUGCCAGUGAUGAAGAGCAGGAAACAAAGACGCUGGCGAGCGCACAGUUCGCCUAGGCGAAGGACCAAGACUUAAGCAGAUAACGAAGCAUUCCUAGUUCUAACUACCUGUACCUCAUUGAAAUUCCGACUUAGUUGUACUCGUGCUACGUGUCUUUUUGUUGUGAUUUUAUAUUCCUUUUAAAAGAGGUGCAUUCCGCAGAUAAUUCCGAGAGGUGAUAUUUAUUUUCGAUUUUAUUUAAGGUUGCCUAACCAUUUGUAAUAUAUAUUCUUUUAGUAAUAUUUUAUUUUAACUUAAAAUGAGAUAGGCCUUUAAAAACACCAUACAGUAUACUUAAUAGGAUAGGAAUACCAAAGGUACAUUAAAUUUCCUAUUUCCCUUUUUGGGUACCUAAGAGCUCCACCGACUUUAGUCGCUUAUCUCUAAAUUAGAGAAAAAUAUAUUCAACUUAAUGAAAUCAAGAGUUUAAAGAUGUAGGCUUUUUAUAAAUAUGUUUUAUCGGACAAGUCAUGAGCUCGAGGUUAACUGAGAUAUAUCUAGAUGCAUAGUACGCCGCAGCCUUAGUCCAAAUAGUUAUUUUAAUUUGUUGUUAGAAUAAAGUUUUCAAAGUUUUCCGCCGAAUGCACCUCAUCAUCUGCGAUUGAUUUGCCAAAUAAAAUAUAGUCUUAUGAAUCUGUCA